AUGCACAGGGUUAUACCAAUGGUCUGCCGUCCGACCGUUCGUCCGACAAAGAUACUCGCGGCGGGAAUGUCCGGACAGGUCCGUACCCCUCUGGUUCCUGUGAAAAGGGUUGCUUACCAUGGAGAGAACAUCCUCAAAGAUCCGAUAUCGGUUGUUGAUCCAGAAGCACACGAGAUCAUGAAGCAGGAAAAAGCACGCCAACGCAGAGGUCUGGAGUUAAUUGCAUCCGAGAACUUCACCACCAAAUCCGUCAUGGACGCUUUGGGUUCAGCGAUGUGCAACAAAUAUUCCGAAGGCUAUCCCGGAGCGAGGUAUUAUGGUGGAAACGAAUUCAUCGACAAGAUGGAACUUCUGUGCCAAAAGAGAGCCCUUGAAGUGUUUGGACUGGAUCCUGAACUAUGGGGAGUGAAUGUGCAGUCGCUUUCCGGUUCUCCUGCUAAUUUCGCAGUUUAUACCGCGUUGGUGGAGCCGAACGGUCGAAUCAUGGGGUUGGACCUCCCUGAUGGUGGUCACCUCUCUCAUGGCUUCUUUACUCCUGCAAGAAAAGUCUCCGCCACUUCAAUGUUCUUCCAGUCAAUGCCGUACAAGGUAGACCCUAAGAGUGGCUAUAUUGAUUACGAACGUAUGGAAGAGAAUGCGAUGCUCUUUCGACCUAAGGUUAUCAUCGCAGGUGUUUCAUGCUACGCUCGCAAUCUGGAUUACGCCCGAUUCCGGAAAGUCGCCGAUAAGUGCGGCGCCUACCUAAUGGCUGACAUGGCACACAUCUCAGGCCUCGUCGCGGCGGGCCUUAUUCCCUCCCCGUUCGAGUACGCCGACGUCGUUACCACCACCACCCACAAAUCACUUCGUGGACCGCGUGGAGCUUUGAUCUUCUACCGAAAAGGUGUUCGGUCUACGAAUGCAAAAGGGGACAAAAUUAUGUACGAUAUUGGAGAGAAGAUCGCUUCCGCAGUAUUCCCAGGACUACAAGGAGGACCCCAUAAUCAUACCAUUGCAGGUAUUGCUGUGGCGCUAAAGCAGUGUCUUAGCGAAGAGUUCGUGAACUACUCGAAACAGGUGCUGGCGAAUUCACAAGCACUUUCUAAGAAGAUGGUGGACUUAGGAUACACCCUUGCCACAGGUGGAACUGACAACCACCUCUGCCUCGUUGAUCUUAGACCCAAAGGGAUCGAAGGCGCUAAGGCAGAGCAUGUUCUUGACAUGGCUCACAUCGCUUGCAACAAGAACACUUGUCCUGGAGACGUGUCUGCCUUGCGACCUGGUGGUAUCCGUCUGGGAACUCCCGCUUUGACCUCACGUGGAUUCAAAGAAAAGGACUUUGAGAAAGUUGCAGAGUUCAUCCAUGAAGGCCUUGAAGUGCUUUUGCGAUAUCAGGGACAAGCGGGAAAGACAAUUAAGGACUUCAAAUUGUUCACUGAAACCAACAAGGAUUUCAUCAAUGACAUCAAGGAGUUGGCUCAGAGAGUCGAGGAUUUUGCGGGUAAAUUCGACAUUCCUGGCAACACCGAGUUCUAA